AAGUGUACUUUAAUUAAUCAUAAUGAUAGCUGGUAGAGUAUUACUAUCUACGCUUGUUAGAACAAGAUUAAUUUCCCAUGUAAAACCACAGUUACUAAACCAGAGACAACAUUUGACUGUAUUUUUAUUGAUGUGUAAAUUAUCCAAUUAUCAUGUUACAAAAAAUAUUGAACAUAUUUUGCAAAAUGAUCAAAUUAAAUCAGAUACAGUUGUACAGAAAUUUAAAGAUGGGGAAAACAAACCUUUGUUAAUUUUAUUUAGUUGGUUGUUAUCAAAGCGUAAACAUAUCAUGAAAUAUGUAAAUUUAUAUGUGGAACAAGGGUUUGAUAUUGUAGUAGUAUCAAUUACACCAUGGCAAUUAAUGUGGCCUACCAAAGGAUCUAGAUUAGUUGCUGCAGAUUUACUAGAAUUUCUAAUACAACAUCAAAAUUAUCAACAAAUACUAUUACAUGGAUUUUCAGUAGCUGGAUAUAUGUGGGGGGAAAUACUAGAUUUAAUACAGAGUGAUCAUAAAAAAUAUAAUAAUGUAAUUGACAGAAUUAUUGGUCAGGUAUGGGAUAGUUUGGCUGAUGUGACUGAAUUAUCAAUAGGUACAACACGUGCUAUAUUUCCAAAAAGUGAAAUGGUACAAAAUAUGUUUCAAAAAUAUUUAGAAUAUCAUAUGAAAGCAUUUUAUAAACAAUCUACCCAAUAUUACAUAAGAUCUAGUCAAUUGUUUCAUUCAAAUUUGGUACGUAGCCCAGCAUUAUUUCUUAUAAGUAAAUCAGACCCAGUGGGUACAGUAGCAAGUAAUCUAAGAGUGAAAAAUAAUUGGGAUGCUUUGGGCACAAAGACUUAUGUUAAAAUAUUUGAAAAAUCUCCACAUGUUGGACAUUAUCAGACAUACCCCAAAGAAUAUGUUGCAGAACUGAAUGCUUUUUUGAAUAAAUUACAUAUAAACCAAAAUGAAAAAAAAUAG